AUGCGUUUCCUCGCACUCCUCGCCGCUGCCUUGCCGCUCGUUUAUUCUGUGCCGGCAGAUUUUCCACCCGCGUUCAAUCCUCCUCUCAAAUCUGUUGAGGAGCGAGUAGACCUCAAAUCUGUUGAGAAGCGAGUAGAUCUCAACUCCGUCGAGAAGCGAGUAGUUUCCACGGAACGAUCCUGCGGCGUUAUCGGAUACGACCAGCAGAAGCCAUCCCCGUUCUGCAUCAAGCACUUCAAAUGCACUGUGAGCGAUUGCCUGGCUCUCUGCCAAAGCAAGCCCGAAUGCGAGAGCUUUGCCAUCGGCAGCAGAGGCUGCUACUUCUACUCGGCAGUUGUCGCUGGCAACUUCCACGCUGAUCUCAAUUCGCCUUUCACGUUCUACGACAGGGCAUGCGCCUCUGGGAGUGGUCGCAUCCGUUUGGAAAACAUGGACGGCUCGCUGUACGGCUACAUGUCUAACAACUUCAACGUUUUCGGAGAACGCACGACUGCCACAUUGGCCAACGCGUUAAAAGUCGAUUAUGAAGCGGUCGAAUUCGUUUCUACCCAGUUGAACCUUGAUAACGCCAACUCUGCUGCGUAUGUCGACCUUACGUAUUUAUCUGGUAUUGUGGGCUUUGGGGCUACCAACUCCGAUCUUGGACCGGGUUCAUACAACUAUGCAACCUUGGGUGCAUCAACUGAUACACCACCGGGAGUCAAACCACAAAGCGGUAUCGACAAUAGCUUCACCAGAGCAACAGGUAUCGCGAAAAAUGUCGAGUCUGCAAUUUGGAAACUUGACCUGCAAACUCUUGUCUUGACCCCUCAGUGGGUGAAUACUGAUAUAACCUCGAAUCCUCUCACCGUUGUUUUCACACAAAACACAUUGGCAGUAACAGGUGACUUUACUGAAUUCACGAAUACCUUUGGGACCGCUGUGAAGCUCAAGUUGAGGCUGGAGCUAACCACUUAG